GCAUUUAAAACAAUGCAUUCGUCUAUCAUAUUUAUUUGUUUAUUGUUAGCUUAUAAUGUUACCACACAAGACUGUGGUUUACUGCACACAAACCUUCCAUUGCCCUUAAAAAAUCUAUUAUCCGGCGGCACCUCGAUUCCUAUCCCAUGCGGCUGCCUCAAGUCGUGUGGCUGUCCAGAACUAUACGGCCUCCUCCCCCCUACUGUACCCCCUUGUGGGUGCUUCAACCCCGCAAUCGGUAUACCCAACCCCGUGAUUCCAGUCCAAACUUGCGGCUGCUCUAAUGCCUUUGGAGCGUGUACUUGCGGCGCUCCUGUUAUUGGGAAUUUUUGCGGACGUAACACACCUACAGUUGGGAUAUCAACCACUUGUGGAUGCAGCGACCCUAAUGUGAGGAUUGUCGAUGGUUGUCCACGAUGCCAACCUGUGUAUAGUUAUAAUCUGCCGUCGAUCGGGUAUCCUACAUGCGGUUGUACUGAGUUUGGUGGUGUUGUAGCGCCUAGUUUUCUGCCGCCUUGUGGGUGCGCAGGGUGCGGUUGCGGGGCCCCUUAUGUUCCUUAUGGUGUUUGUGGUUGCGCGGCUCCGUCAUGCCCAUGCGGUUGCGGUGGAUGCGGUUGCGGUGGAUGCGGUUGCGGUGGGUGCAGUUGCGGUGGAUGCGGUUGCAUCUCCCCUUGCGGUUGCGCUCCCGUAAACGCAUGCGGUUGCGUAGAAGUACCUUGCGGUUUGCCUAAAGUGAAGACUACGUGUACUUGCGUAACCCCAACUAUUGAAACCCCCUACGGCUGCGCUCAAGGCAAACCCACCUGUGCUUGUGCUUCCACAUUGGAGGUUCCCACUUGUGGGCUCCCUGUGGUGCCUCCUUUCGCACCAGUUAUCGGAUGCUCCAGAUACUUAAGGCAGGUGUGCGUGCAGCCUCCAUUUUUGUAGUUAAGUUAGAGUUUAAGUGAUAAAUUAUUGUCUUAAAAUAUGCUUUA